AUGGACAAGAUAUCAGCGUACGCCGCUUACGUCCAGGGGUCAAAGAAACCGUCGAAACGUUCACAGAAGCUAGCGAAACUUUUGUCAAAGGGGUCAAAGAAGACUACAAAGGGAACAGAAGGUAAGGGGGAAAUGGACGAGGCAGCUCUAAGGGCAGCUGAAAAAGCGGCUGCAAAACAAACGAAGAAAAUAAGGAAGGCCGUGGAAAAGAGAGUCGCAAAGAGAGCAGCAGAGAAAGCCGAAAAGGAAGCAGCAGAGGCCGCCGCAAAGGCAGAGAAGAAUAUUGUUGAAAAUGAGAAGCCGCCAGAGAGCGUGAAAGAGCAGCCAGAAAAUGCAGAUGCAAAUAACGGAGAGUCGAACAAACUGUCAAACGGCAAUCAGCUCCAGAAGUCGAAGGCCGCCAUAAAGAGCAAUUUUGACAGUUAUUUGAUGGAUUUCCAGAGCUUCUGCGAUUUCACCUCCACUGGGAGCAGCUUCAUGUGCGAGAGUGGCGGCUGCACCAAUAGCGACGAUAAAGACGCUACAACUGGCCACGAUGAGAGCAAGAGUGACGAAUCGGAUUCUGGCAGCGAUAGCUAUUCGAAUGAUUUUGACGUCAGCUUUGACAGCGACGCCACUGACAGUAGCAGCGACAACGGUGACGACUAUCUUGAUUUGAGCUUCAGCAGUGAAGAGGAUAAUGGCGAUAGCCAGAGCGAAAGCGACUAUAACGCAACGAUCAAUUCAGUGAGGAAUACACGCUGA